CCCAUUUGUUUUAUUGAAACAUGUCCGCAAUUCGUUAACGUUAGUAUACAAUUAGCGCGGUUUGUAUAUACGUACUCGUAGUAUAUUCACUAAUCGAUUCAAACCGCUAGUAUUGUAUUUUAAAACUAGAAAUGUUUUCGAAAAUAGAAGCUUCCGAGUUAAUGAGAAACGAGUUUGAUAGAUUGAAAGGAGUUUGUUAUUUGGAUCACGCGGGUUCUGCUUUGUAUGCUGACAGUCAGAUAAAUAAUGUUAUGAAGGAUUUGAAAACGCACUUAUAUGGAAAUCCACAUUCGUCCGGUAAACCUUCGUCAGCUUGCGGAGAACUCAUCAAUAGUAUUCGAUUCAAGAUCCUCAAACACUUCAACACGGACCCCGAGAAGUACAGCGUUGUGUUCACGUCGGGCGCCACCGGAGCGUUGAAGACCAUAGCCGAGUGUUUCGCGUGGAACGAUCGCGACGACGGCCAUGGGACGAAAAACUCCAGUAAGGACUCUCGAUCCUGGGACAGUACGUUUGCGUACACGGCAGACAAUCACACGUCGGUGUUGGGUAUGCGAGAACUAGCUCCAAGGACUAAUAUAUUGUGUCUGGCGCGGGACAAGGCGUACAAAGCGUUGGACAAAGGUCUAUCAUCCUCUCGGCAUAACGAUUAUCCUGCGGAUUCAGGAAAUUCAUUGUUUGCCUACCCUGCUCAGUCCAACUUUGCGGGUACGAAAUAUCCCUUAGAAUGGAUCGAAACGUGUCAGAAUGGUGCACUGAACCAGUACACUGAUAAUCGUACCAAGUGGUACGUUGUUCUGGACGCCUCCACGUACGUGUGCACGAACCAUCUGGAUUUGGGAAAAUAUUCGCCCGACUUCGUGGUUCUAUCGUUUUACAAGAUGUUCGGAUAUCCGACUGGCUUAGGAGCGCUUUUGGUGCGCAACGGUAUCGGUGCAGCCGUGCUGCGCCGUAAGAAAUACUUCGGCGGCGGAACGGUCGAAGUGGCCCUAGCUCGGGAUCGUCAUCACGUCUUCAGAAAAAAAUUACAUGAAAGAUUGGAGGAUGGUACGAUCGAUUUCCUGUCCGUGAUCGCGGUCGGCCACGGACUGGACUCGUUGCACCGGCUGGCCGGCCCCAUGCGGUCGGUGGCCGGGCGGACGUACCGGCUGGCCACGGACCUGUACCGCCGGAUGUGCGGCGCGCGGCACGGCAACGGGACGCCUGUGUUCCGGGUGUACGCGGACACGGCGUACCGGUGCGAAGAUGAGCAAGGCGGCAUCGUCAACUUCAACGUGCUCAGGGCCAACGGGGACCACGUCGGCUACAACGAGGUGAAAAACGUCGUUAGCGCUCGCAAUAUUGUAAUCCGCGUAGGCUGUUUCUGCAACCCGGGCGCUUGCCAGACACACUUGGAACAUACGAACCAGGAUCUGAAGCGAAACCAACAAGUGGUAGGUCAUAUUUGUGGCGAUCACAUCGAUCUCAUUGACGGCCGUCCAACAGGGUCAGUUCGGGCUUCGUUUGGCUACCAGUCGACCACAUUGGACGUUGAUAAACUUUACGAUACGCUUAUCGAACAUUUUUGGCAGAAUUGUCCGGUCACACCCGUCAACCGUCAACUUAUCUCUAUGGACGCGUAUAAUAAAAUGGACUUGCGCGUAAAGAGGAUCUUUGUCUAUCCAAUCAAAUCGUGCGGGGCUUUCGAGACGAACGAGUGGCAAUUGGAAUCGUACGGAUUUCUGUACGACCGAAACUGGGUAGUUGUCAGCGAUACGGGAGUGUGCAUGACACAGUUGGAAGAACCUAAACUGUGCCUAAUCCGUCCUUAUGUGGACCUGCAAAAAGGAACGAUGAGUCUUCUGUACGCCGAAAAUCAAGAAGAAGUGCUAAUGACAGUGCCGUUAGACACGGUUUGUAGUGGUGACAAGAAAAAAGGAAAAAUUUGCUGGGGAGGCUCCGUAGAAGGUAUCGACUGCGGUGAUGAAGUCGCCACGUGGCUCAGUUUGAAUUUGGACCGACCAGGUCUGAGACUGGUUAGAUGCACUGGCCGGAACCCGCCGAAAGUCAAUAAAUACGGAAAAUUAGAUGCAAAGGUAUUGGGAUCAAACCAAUGUCAAUAUCUGUUGACCACGGACUCGACGCUCAAAUGGUUACAUCAAGAAAUAGAAAACAAUUUAACAGAAAUGAGCGAGGACAGCGUGCUGUUCCGGUUCCGCGGGAACAUCGUGGUGUCCGGCGACGACUUGCCGCCGCGCGCCGAACUGACGUGGCGAAAGAUGGUCAUCGGGGACGUCGCGUUCCAGACCGACUCGGUUUGCGAACGGUGCAAGAUUGUGAACAUCGACCAGGACACGUCGGAGAGCCAUUACAAGCCGCUGUCCGUGUUGGCGCAGCACAAGUGGAACGGCAAAACCGUUUACGGGAUCUAUCUCGGGCGCGAGGACACGGACGCGCCGUGCAACAUACGAGUGGGACAGCGGUGCGUGGUCACCGGCCUCGUCGAGGACCAGUGAACACCGGACGGACAAACGUGCGCAGGUCGGACGAACGCGUCCGCGGACGUACGAACUGAACAACACAACGGUAUUGUUUCGCGAUCGGUUCACCCGUUUCGGGAACCUGUAUCCCGUUCGGAAUUUUACACAGGCAUUAUUCGGUGUAUUUUUUUUUUUUUUUACUAUUCGAUUCAAUCAGUUUGUUAAAACGAAAAAAGUACAGAUGUUUAAGAAUAAACCGUAAACUAUCGGUCAA